AUGGUUUCCUAUCAAGUGCAUUGCCAAAUGAUGGAGAUCAUAUCUACAUCACUUUUGGUCCAACUGACAUUAAUAUUUGAACUGUUGUGUUCUUUAAUUGCGUUGCCGGUAGUUGUUGUAGCAAGUUAUUGGUUGUGGAAGUCGAGAAAUGCAAGGCUAUUUCAUAUAAAUGUGACUAUUAUAUUUCAAGUUCAUCUGUUCGGAUUUUUCAUUCAUUUUUUUAGUAGAAUAAUUCUCCAUGGCUUGGAUCUCUAUAACUAUGCAGUAUUUGACUAUUGUGAUAUGGCUGCUAGCACAAUUCGAUGUUUUGUGUUCCGAUCGCAGUAUUUAUUUGGAAUUCGAUUAGUUAGCGCAACAACAGUGCCUUUUGUCAUUGAAAGAUACAUUGCCACAGUUAGAUCAAAAAGUUAUGAGCAUUCCGGAUGCACAUUAGGUAUACUUAUGGCGAUAUUGCAGCUCUCAAUAGGAUUUUUCUCGACAGCUGUUUCAUUCUCCACUUUUUCAUUCACGGAUCCUUUUAUGGAUUAUUGUAUUUCUUUUAAAAUUGGAGUCUUUGGCAGUACUGAAGUUAUUCACUCGUUGGGAGUUGCAACUCAAAUUUUUGGAAGAAUAUUAUUCGAGUACAUGUUUCGGAAGAACGAGAAGCUCCGAUCGAAACGAUUAACGUCAUCACUUUCAAAUCGAUACUCUCUAGAGCAAAAUCUAAAAUCUACGAGAACCUUAAAAGUUUUCGCUAACUUGCAAUCAAUUUUUCUCACUGCCCAGAUGACUAUUUUACUAUUCAUCAUUUAUAUUGGGCAGAAAAUUGAUACAACUACCUAUAUUUCUUUGAUAGAAUUGAAUGCUGGCUAUCCAAUUUAUGCUGUUGGUUCCAUUGUAAUUUUAUUCAGAAGAGAUCGAUUGAACAGGGUGACGGUUGUGAAGUCUCUGGAAACUCAUGUGCAUGCCAAUCAUAAUAUAUACUUUGUGAAUGUUAAGAAGGCGUGGCAGUGA